GCAAGAUGGCGGCGGAGCGGAUGUUCAACCGGCCGGUGUGCGUGCAAGUGAGGUGCCAGGGCUGCGAGGAGAGGAGAUUAAAUGUUCGUGUGAAUAUUGAGCUACUGUCAAUUUCUAAUCCUGUUCAUAAAAAGGAUUUAGCUGUUCGAUUGACUGAUGAUACUGAUCCUUUUUUUCUUUAUAACCUUGUCAUAUCUGAGGAAGAUUUUCAAAGUUUAAAAUCCCAGCAAGGUCUCUUGGUAGACUUCUCUGCUUUCCCACAAAAAUUUAUAGAUCUGCUUCAGCAAUGCAUUCAGGAACAGAACAAAGAUAUCCCCAGGUUUUUGCUGCAGUUAGUUUCUUCAGCAUCUGUUCUAGAUCACACACCUGUGUCUUUAAAUGUAGUGGAGACCAACCCUUUUAAACAUCUUACCCAUCUCUCUCUAAAAUUCCUACCUGGAAAUGAUGCAGAAAUCAAGAAGUUUUUAGCCAGCUGUUUGAAAUGCCUUAAGGAAGACAAAAAGAUUUUGGAAGAAAAGCUUAGAAAAACUGAGGAGGAUCUUACCAGACAACUGAGCUACACUCAACAGAGCUUGUCAGAGAAGAGCCGAGAACUAGACAAACUGAAAAACGAGUGGACGUCAGUCACUACAGCUAUAACAAACAAACAUACACAGGAGCUGACAAAUGAAAAGGAAAGAGCUCUGCAGGCACAAGCUCAGUACCAACAACAGCACGAACAACAGAAAAAGGAAUUGGAAAAUUUGCAUCAGAAAAGUAUUCAACAGUUGCAGAACAGGCUCUCAGAACUAGAGAUCAUCAAUAAAGAUCUAACAGAAAGGAGAUACAAAGGAGACUCCACAGUUAGAGAACUGAAAGCAAAGCUUUCUGGAAUAGAAGAUGAAUGUCAAAGAGCAAAGCAGGAGGUCCUGUCACUGCGUCGCGAGAACUCUACUCUGGAUGCUGAAUGUCAUGAAAAAGAGAAGCUCAUUAAUCAGCUACAGACACGAGUUGCUGUUCUGGAACAAGAGAUCAAAGAUAAAGAUCAACUAGUUAUUAGAACAAAAGAAGUUUUAGAUGCCACACAAGAACAAAAGGUGAUCCUGGAAGAGAGUACUGAGAAAAAACAAAAUCAAAUUGAAAAACUAGAGACAACAAUUAAGUCACUGUCAGGUGAACUUCUUAAGGCUAAUGAAAUUAUCAAGAAGUUACAAGGAGAUUUGAAAACUCUAAUCAGUAAAUUAAAAUUGAAAAAUACAGUAACAAUUCAACAAGAAAAACUAUUGGCAGAGAAAGAAGAGAGACUUCAAAAAGAACAGAGAGAACUGCAGGAGAUGGGACAAUCUCUUCGAACCAAAGAGCAGGAGGUUUGCAAGUUACAAGAACAGCUGGAAACUACAAUACAAAAACUAGAAGAAAGUAAGCAGUUACUGAAAACCAACGAAAACGUAAUCACAUGGUUAAACAAACAGCUGAAUGAAGUUCAGAUGGGCAAGAAGCUGGAGACUUCUCCCAGUACACAUGGUGCUGGUAGGACUGCCAUUUCACCCCAUGGCAUGCCUGAUCGACCAUCCUUUCCCAGCUUAGGAAUGAAUCAUUCCAUUUCUCCUUUGUAUGCCUUCCAGAACUUUCUGGAACCAGCACACCACAAAACCAUCAGCUCACAAUGUCCAGUACCAAAGGUUCAGUUUAACACACAGCUUUCUAAAAUGAAUCCAUGUUCAGAUGUUCAGACAGUGACUGCAACAAGUCAUCCAGCAAAUAAGGAGAACGGUGAUAAUUUGGGGCUGGAAUCAAAGUAUUUAAAGAAAAAAGAUGACAGCAUUCCUUUAAGAGGGCUUAGUCAAAAUACACUCAACUCAGAGUACCUGAAACCAUACGUGCCAACCAAAGCCCAGCCGGCACCACGAGCUGCAGGAACACCAGCUUCCGCUUAUUUUCCUGGAUAGAAGACAGGGCUCUUAAGGUGGACUGAGUUGAUUCAGCUUACCUGGGCUCAAAUGCUAGAAUUGUGUAACAGCUUCAUUCUGUGCCAUCUCUACGGGGACAUUGACUAAAAGGACUGGCCUGCAAGUACUUGUAACAUACAACAUAUACUUUUAUACUUAUUUUUAUAUUUUAUACCUUUUAACCUUAGUUAUUUAAGAGCAUCCAGAGGAUUGUAUAUUUAAGGGGUUUGUUUUACGGUGCAAAAUGUGUAUAUUUGUUUAUAAAUUAGCACCACGUUAAUGUAUAUUCACUUUUUUAGCAUGUCUAAGUUUCAAUGGAAAUAUUAAAUUUUUUUUUCACAAAAAACUCUGGUUAGUAAUGUUUUAAGAGUACUAAACCAACACCCCCCUGUACUGACAUGACAAGAUGAGGUAAGAGCUAAAGCAGUACCGUUUUGUUCACCUUACCUUCCUCUGGAGUUUUUUCCCAGCCCAGCAGUGCUUCAGGAGCAGCACUGAGGU